CACAGAGCAGAACCAGCGAGUCAUCCAGUCGGAUUUCAAAGUUCCCCCAACGGGAUUGCGAGUCAAUCUGAAACUGGACUGCGACUCUAUCUGGCGUUUGUCGGACUCUGGACUUUCACUCCCGUUUUUAUGGAGUGAUCGUUUCGCUUGUUUCAUUUCUCACUUUGGGACUUUGGAGAAGGAUUGCUGAAGUGACAUUUGUUGAAUAUCCAGCAUUGAUAAUCAGCUGGUAAGCGAGCUUUUCCUACGACUCUAUGACUACAAAGAUGGAACAGCCUUUUUAUCAUGACGACUCUUUUCUGUCUGCUUACGGCCAGUCAGAAGCAGCAAUGCAUGACUAUAAACUGCUAAAGCAGAAUAUGAACUUGACAGAGCCUUAUCGCAACUUGAAAUCGCAGCUGAGGUCCGAGGCAGACCUGUACCAGACGGGGCAGCAGGACGUCGGCUCGCUGAAGCUCGCAUCCCCGGAGCUGGAGCGGCUCAUCAUCCAGAACAGUAACGGUGUCAUCACCACUCCCACGCCGGGUCAGUACUUCUAUAACCGAGGCAUCACCGAUGAGCAGGAGGGCUUCGCCGAGGGCUUCGUGAAGGCUCUGGAUGAGCUUCACAAGAUCAACCAGAUGAACCCGGCGAACAUGGCUCUGGGAGCCGGUGGAGUUACAACGUGUUCGGCAGCGGCAUCUAGCGUCUUUGGCUCCGCGCUGCAGCCCGAGCCGCCCAUUUACACCACGCUCAACGCCUACUGCCCGAACACCAGCCUCUCGUCCUCGUCGAGUUACCCGACGGCGACCAUCAGCUACCUGCCGCCGCACCAGCAGAGCCACCCGCAGGCCUCCGCGCACGGCGCGCUCCCCUUCCAGCACGCGAUCCCGGGGUCCGGGCUGCACCCGCAGCGGCUGGUCACCCUGAAAGAGGAGCCUCAGACCGUGCCUGACUUCGUCAGCAGCGACGGCUCACCUCCCAUGUCCCCGAUCGACCUGGAGACCCAGGAGAAGAUCAAGGCGGAGCGGAAGCGCCUGAGGAACCGAAUGGCCGCCACCAAAUGUCGGCGGCGCAAGUUGGAGCGCAUCGCCCGUCUGGAGGAGAAGGUGAAAGUUCUGAAGAACGACAACGCGGGUCUGUCCAACACAGCGUCGGUGCUGCGGGACCAGGUGGCCCAGCUCAAGCAGAAGGUCCUGACACACGUGAGCAGCGGCUGUCAGCUGAUGCUCACCAGCAAGAUGGAGGCGUUCUGAACCCAUGAGACUUUCCAAACGCGACUUUCAAGUAAUAACACUGGAGUCCUGGCAGCAGGACAGAGGGCUAUGUGUAGAAAACGUCUUAGAUUUAAAUAACAGUAGGAUUGAAAUGGUACUUCCGGAUGCUGGACACCGUAAAAGAGAACCAUUUGACCCUUUAAUAUCCAGGGCAGCAUCCAGACUGAAGCAGGUCGUGAAGUCUGGUUCCUUUAGUUGGAAAGGUCAUUGUACGUCUUCAUUCUAUGCUGCAUUUAUUAUAUGUAAAUUAUUAUGUUUGCCCGGUUGACCCAGACAAACUGACCAUGUCCAAUGUUUACAACGUCUUUUUUAUUUGUGAUGUGUAUUUAAGUAAAGUGUCUCAAAAAAUGACAUGC